CACACACACACACAGCUCCCAGUUUAAGUAAUCACUAUAAACCAUGGCUGAAACUCUUGCAAAUGAACUCCUCAAAGUUCUUGUUAAGAAGAUGACCGAUGAAGCCUUCAAGCGAAUUGCUCGUGCUCAUGGCAUUUACAACGAGCUGAAGGAGUUGAAGAAGACACUCUCCAGAAUCCAAGAUCUACUUCAUGAUGCCUCCCAGAAGGAGGUGACUCAUAAAUCUGUCAAAUCAUGGCUGAAUGCUCUCCAACAUUUGGCUUACGAUAUCGAUGACGUACUCGACGAUUUGGCUACUGAAGACAUGCAUCGUGAGCUCACCUUGCAGGAGCCUGCAGCAUCCACCAGCAAGGUAAGAAAGCUCAUCUCAUCAUGCUGCACAAAGUUCUCACUAAGUCAUAGGCUGUCUCCCAAGUUAGAUAGUAUUAACAGAGAGUUAGAAAAUCUAGAAAAACGAAAAACGGAUCUAGGUUUGCUUAAGAUUGAUGAAAAGCCAAAGUAUACUAGUAGAAGAUACGAAACCUCUUUGCCAGAUGGGUCUAGUGUUAUUGGAAGAGAAGUUGAGAAAGAGAAAUUGCUGAAGAAGUUGUUAGGGGAUGAUGGGUCAUCUAAGGAAAAUUUUAGCAUUGUACCCAUAGUUGGUAUGGGUGGGGUAGGAAAAACCACUCUGGCUAGAAUUUUGUAUAACCAUACUAAGGUGCAGAGUCACUUUGAACUCCACGUAUGGAUUUGUGUUUCUGAUGAUUUUGAUGUCUUUAAGAUAAGCAAAACCAUGUUUCAAGAUGUUUCUAAUGAGAACAAGAAUUUUGAAAAUUUAAAUCAGCUUCAUAUGGCUCUUACAAAUCAGCUUAAAAACAAACGAUUUCUACUAGUACUCGAUGAUGUGUGGCAUGAAAACGAAAACGAUUGGGAAAACCUAGUGCGCCCAUUUCAUUCAUGUGCCCCUGGAAGUAGGAUAAUCAUGACAACUCGUAAGGAGGAACUGCUCAAAAACCUACAUUUUGGUCAUCUAGACUCCCUUAAGAGUUUGUCACAUGAAGAUGCUCUAUCUUUAUUUGCUCUACAUGCUUUAGGCGUAGAGAACUUCAAUUCACACACAACACUUAAACCAUAUGGUGAAGGCAUUGUGAAAAAGUGUGCUGGUUUGCCUUUGGCUUUGAAGGCAAUUGGAAGGCUAUUGGGGACGAGAACAAAUGUAGAAGACUGGGAAGACGUGUUGAACAGUGAGAUAUGGAAUUUGGAAAAUAGUGAUAAGAUUGUUCCAGCUCUCAGGCUUAGCUACCACGAUCUUUCUGCAAAUUUGAAGCAGUUGUUUGCGUAUUGCUCCUUGUUCCCAAAGGACUAUUUGUUUGACAAGGAAGAGUUGGUAUUAUUGUGGAUGGCGGAAGGGUUUUUGAGCCCAUCAAAUGCAACCAAGUCACCGGAACGCUUGGGCCAUGGCUAUUUUGAAAUAUUGUUAUCAAGGUCAUUUUUCCAACAUGCACCUAAUGAUGAAUCACUGUUUAUCAUGCAUGAUCUGAUGAAUGACUUGGCCAUGCUUGUUGCCGGAGAACUUUUUUUAAGGUUUGAUAACCAUAUGAAGAUAGGCACCGAACAUUUGGCAAAGUAUCGCCAUAUGUCAUUUUCUCGCGAGAAGUAUGUAGGUUACCAUAAGUUUGAGGCAUUCAAAGGUGCCAAAAGCUUGAGAACACUUUUAGCGGUAUCUAUUGAUGUGGAUCAUAGUUGGAACUACUUUUUCUUAUCUAAUAAGAUUCUGGUUGACUUACUUCCUAGCUUAACAUUAUUAAGGGUUCUUUCUUUGAGUCAUUUUCAAAUAACUGAGGUACCAGAGUUCAUCGAUAGUUUGAAGCACUUGCGGUAUCUUAAUUUAGCUAAAACUAAUAUAAAAGAGUUACCGAAGAAUGUUAGCAAUCUUUAUAAUUUACAGACAUUGAUUGUUUUUGGUUGUGAAAAUUUGACCAAGUUGCCUGAAAGCUUCUCGAAGCUUAAAAAGUUGCGACAUUUUGAUAUAAGGGAUACUCCGCUUUUGGAGAAGCUGCCAUUCGGGAUUGGUGAGUUGGAAGGCCUACAGACUCUCACCAAGAUUAUCAUUGAAGAAGGUGUUGGCUUUGCUAUAAAUGAGCUCAAGGGAUUAACAAAUCUCCGCGGGGAAGUUUCCGUUGAGGGACUGCACAAAGUGCAAAGCGCAAAGCAUGCACGGGAGGCGAACUUAUCUCUAAAAAAGAUUACUGGAUUAAAGCUGCAAUGGGUUGAUGUGUUUGAUGGCUCACGAAUGGAUACACUGGAAGAGGAAGUUCUCAAUGAGCUGAAACCUAAUAGUGAUACGUUGAAAGCGCUUUCAGUCGUGUCAUACGGGGGAAAACAAAUUUCAAAUUGGGUUGGUGAUCGCUCUUUUCAUGAGUUGGUUAAUGUGUCAAUAUGUGGUUGUAGAAAAUGCAAAUCUCUACCCCCAUUUGGGUUGCUCCCUUCACUUAAGAGGUUGCAGAUUCAAGGCAUGGAUGAGGUUAAAAUCAUAGGUUUGGAGUUAACUGGAAAUGAUGUUAACGCCUUCCGUUCACUUGAAGUUCUAACAUUUGAAGAUAUGUGUGGAUGGGAGGGGUGGUCAACUAUAAAUGAGGGUUCAGCAGCAGUGUUUCCAUGCCUUAAAGAGCUUUAUGUAAAGAAUUGUCCACAAUUGAUUAAUGUCUCACUUCAAGCACUGCCUUCACUCAAGGUUCUUGAAAUUGACAGAUGUGGUGAUGGUGUGUUGAGAAGUCUGGUUCAGGUAGCUUCUUCAAUCACUGAGUUGACAAUAAGUUGUGUAUCAGGGCUUACAUAUGAGGUGUGGAGAGGAGUUAUAGGGUAUCUUAAGGAAGUUGAAGAAUUAAGUAUCUGGGGAUGUGAUGAAAUAGAAUACUUGUGGGAAUCAGAAACAGAGGCAAGUACGCUUCUUGUGAGAUUAAAGGAAUUGAGAUUAGAGCAUUGUUCAGGUUUGGUAAGUUUAGAAGAGAAAGAGGAGGAUGACAAUUUUGGGAGCAGCACCGGCCUGUUAUCUCUUAGAACUUUGUAUGUAUACUCUUGUAGUAGCAUAAAGUGUUUAUGCUGUCCAAAUAGCAUUGAGAGUUUGAGUAUUAUUGGUUGUUCAGUUAUUAUAGAUGUGUACCUCCCAAAAGAAGGAGGGAAUAAGCUCAAAUCACUUCGUAUAGACAAUUGUGAUAAACUUGAGGGAAAAAUCAACAACACAAGCAUGCCAAUGCUUGAAACCCUAGAUAUUGAUAAAUGGGAAAAUCUAAGAUCAAUCAGUGAAUUGAGUAACUCCACUCACCUCACCAGCCUGGAUAUAAUUCGAUGCCCACAUAUCAUGUCACUUCCAGAGCUUCAGCUAUCAAACCUCACCCGUUUGUCAAUUUCUGGAUGUGAAAGUCUGGAGUCAUUACCUGAGCUAUCGAAUCUCACCUUUUUGUCAAUUAUUUAUUGUGAACGUCUGGUGUCAUUACCUGAGCUAAAGAAUCUCGCCUUGGGAGUUGAAGAAGCCCAUAUCAGAGUGGGGGGAUCUGAAUUUUCCAACUUCCCUUGUCAACCUAACGUUACGGGAUGA